AUGGUAUACUAUAGAGCGACGCUGGUUAGAUCGUUGAUUGGUUUACCAAAGACCACAAGGACAAUUGUUAAGACAUUGGGUUUUACCAAGAGAGGUUCAACUAUAUAUAGAAAAGUAACGCCUGCCAUAACAGGGUCACUAUUGAAGGUUAAGGAACUAAUUAGUUUAAAAUUGACGGAGAAAUCUGUAACUAAAGCUGAACAAAGAGAAAUAAGGAAAUCCAACCCAGGUUAUAUUGUGGAGAAGAGGAUACCUUAG